AUAGCAGAAAACCUGUGCUUAGAACGAGACAUUAACACCUUCGCACGAACUGAUCGCCGUCUUUAUCACCUACUGAACAAAUAUCUCUACCGCCAUAAUGUACAGCAUGGAGAGUCAUCAGCUCUACUAUGGGCCUCUGCACACGGACGACUGGAAACCGUACGAAAAAUUCUGGAAGUGGGUGCGCCUACCGAAGUUUCUGACAACGACGGUCGCACACCUCUAUUGCAAGCAGCAGAGAGAGGGUUCAGUGGAAUUGUUGAGCUGUUAGUCAAUGCGGGAGCCAACGUCAAUUCAAAAAGCAGAACCUAUGGCAACGCACUCUAUCUAGCAUCCGCAAAGUGCCAUAUCCAGGUGGCAGCUUCAGCUGAAGGCCAGGAAGACAUUGUACAGAUACUACUCGCGAACGGCGCCAAUGCAAACUUGCAGGGUGGCUACUACGGCAAUGCGAUUCAGGCGGCUUCAGCCUCAGGCCACAUUCAAAUAAUGCAGCUUCUGCUUAACGCUGGCGCUAUGGAUUUUACGCAAGCAGGACACCAUGGCAGUGCACUUUUUGCGGCUUUGAAUAGUGGCAGCGAACGAGCUGUAGAAAUGCUGCUUGAUGCUACUGCUCGUACCAUCAAUAAGGGAAAAAACGAAGAACACAAAGCCAUUUGGAGAGAGGAGUACUGCAGAGUACUACACGAGGCAUCAGCGAAAGGACAAGAGGUAGUGGUCAGACUGUUACUUGAAGCUGGUGCUCCUGUUGAUGCACAAAGAGGACGCGAUGGCAAUGCACUCCAAGUGGCUUCAGCGGGGGGGUUUGACAAGCUAAUCGAUGCCGGUGCUAACAUCGACGCCGAGGGUGGAGACUACGGAAAAGCACUUUGUGUGGCUUCGGCAGAGGGGCAUAUCGAUGUGAUGAGGCUGCUAAUAGAUGCUGGAUCAGAUGUAAAUGCCCAGGGAGGACAGCAUGGCAAUGCGCUUUGCGCGGCUUCAGCUAAUGGUCGAGAGCAAGCCGUGAAAUUGUUGCUCGUCGCCGGAGCUCAUGUAGACGAUCAAGGAGGACGAUAUGGGGGGGAGUAUGGCAGCGCCCUCCAGGCCGCUCUAGAAAUGGGCCAUGAGCACAUAGUAAAGAUGCUAUACGACGAGGGUGCGCACGAAGCUGCAGACGGGGACGAAGACGAGGCUUUAGAUGAGGACGACGACGAGACUUUAGAUGAGGACGA